AUAUCAUCAGUGUCCUAGCUGCCCGGCCAAGUUCGCGUAUUUGUAUAAACUAAAGCUUCAUGGUCGAAUUCAUAACAGCGAAAAAGAUUCCAACUGUAACGUUAAUGACAAAGCGUUGCAUGGAACAGACAGCAUGAAGAAAGACAUUAAAAUUCUUAACAAGGACCUCAAUUACCAGUGCUCCCAUUGUCCAGUAAAGUUUGCCCGGCCAUCUCAACUAAAGAUUCAUAUCCGCACUCAUACAGGUGAAAAACCUUUUAUGUGCAAAAUCUGCAACAAACCGUUUCAUAGAGCAGAGAACAUAAAGCAGCACAUGAAAAUUCACAAUAAGGAUCAGCAUCAUUGCUGUCCGCAUUGCCCUGCAAAGUUCCCCUGGCCAUACAAAUUAAAAGUUCAUAUCCGCACUCACACCGGUGAAAAGCCUUUAGAGUGUAAAAUCUGUAGUAACACGUUUCACUCGACCGUAAACUUGCGGAAUCAUAUGAAAAUCCACAACAAGGAUCAACAGCAUCAGUGUCCACAUUGCUUCGCCAAGUUUGCUCGACCAACCCAACUUAAGACCCACAUCCGUACUCACACUGGUGAAAAGCCUUUUAAAUGUGAAGUCUGUGACAAAUCUUUCCAUGCGGCGCUUUAUCUGAAGCAGCACAUGAAAAUUCACAACAAGGAUGAACAUCAUCAGUGUCCAUACUGCUCCGCCAAGUUUGCUCGGACAUCACAACUAGAGAUUCACAUCCGCACUCACACCGGUGAAAAGCCCUUCAGGUGUGAGGUAUGUGACAAGUCUUUUCAUUCGACGGUGAAUUUGAGGAUCCAUACAAAAAUUCACAACAAGAACCGAUAA